AUGGCUUCCAUGCAAGCUCAUACCUUGCUCCUCCCAAUGACUGGCGUUCCCAUUGCGUCGUCCCUGAGAAAGAGUAGCUUUAAGUCGGAAAUGAAGCUCAACGCGAAUACAAGGCGCGAUUCAACGCUGGCUGGUGAAUGGAGGAAGAUCCAAGGCGCCAACGACUGGGCCGACCUGAUCAACCCGUUGAGCCCUUUGCUCCGCGACGAGCUAGUUCGAUAUGGAGAGCUGGUCGCCGCUUGCUACAAGGCCUUUGACUUGGACCCUCGCUCGCGUAGGUACUUGAAUUGCAAGUACGGCCAGGCGCAAAUGCUUGACGAGGUGGGGCUCGGCGGGGCGGGCUAUCAAGUGACCAAGUAUAUCUAUGCGACCCCCGAUGUAUGCGCCCCGAUGCGCGACCGCAGCCGAUGGGUCGGCUACGUGGCGGUGGCCGUGGAUGGCGACGCGCGGCGUUGUCUGGGGCGGCGCGAUGUGGUGGUGGCGUUCCGUGGCACGGUGACCCGGGCCGAGUGGGCCGCCAACAUGAUGAGCGCGCUUCGGGCUGCCGAUCUGGACCCGGCCGAGCCGCGGCCCGAGGUUCGGGCCGAGUCGGGUUUUCUCAACCUCUACACGUCCGAUGACGGCGCGAACCGGUUCGGCCAGGGGAGCUGCCGGGAGCAGCUGCUGGGCGAGAUCGCCCGGCUCGUCCGAGUCUACGGGGGCGAGGAGAUCAGCAUCACAUUGGCCGGCCACAGCAUGGGUUCGGCCCUGGCGCUGCUGCUGGGGUACGACCUGGCGGAGCUGGGCCUGAACCGGCUUCGGCCCGGCGGAGAGCCGGCGCCGAUCACGGUCUACUCCUUCGGCGGGCCGCGGGCGGGGAACACUGGGUUCAAGCGCCGGUGCGACGAGCUCGGAGUCAAGGUGCUGAGGGUGGUCAACGUCAGGGACCCAGUGACGAAGCUGCCGGGGCUGUUGCUGAACGAGAGCUCCGGCGGGCGGCGCGCGGGCGGAGUCGAGUGCUAUGCCCACGUCGGCGUCGAGCUGGGACUGGAUUUCUUCGACCUACGUAACCCUGCGGCCGUGCAUGACCUGCGGACGUAUAUAACGCUCUUGAAGUGCCCAAAGCAUGCGGCGAAGGAGGAAGACGUCAAUUUGGUCGACCAAAUGAUGGAGAAGGUUAAGAAGAUGGUGCAGCAACAAGGAAGGAAGGUUGUGGGAUGGCCAUGGCAGGACAUGGUAAGGCAGGUAGGAAAUUUGGUGCAGACUCUGAGCAUGAUCUGAGGCAUGCAAACUUCCUCAUUUUUAAAAAAAUUAAAGGAGGAAUUGCAUUAUUGUCGACGUUAAUUUUUU